AUGUCGAUUGAUUUAGCUACAUUUUCUUAUGUCUCUAUCCCAACUAAUAAAAUUAUCAAAGAAGGGUUUAUGGUAAAAAGAGGGCACAUAGUUCGAAAUUGGCUUCAAAGAUGGUUUGUAUUAACAAAUGAUAUAUUAUAUUAUUUUGAUGAACAAAAACUUCAUUUAAAGGGAUAUAUUCCUUUAGCAUUUGGGACAAUUACACGAAGUCCUGAAAUGAAGAAACAACCAUGUUUUCAAUUAGUAUCACCAUUACAAAAUAAAACAUAUUUCAUUCAAUGUGGGACUGAGGAUGAAUGUGGGUUAUGGAUGGCAGCCAUUUCUGUUGUAUUAAACAAAUAUAUUGGAGAACCAGAAACAAUGGACCAUGUUACACAUGUUACUUAUAAUGAAGGAGGAUUUUGUGGAAUACCACCAGAAUGGGAAAAUAUGUUUAUUGCAUUAGGAAUUACAAAAGAAGAAAUUAAGUCAAAUGAAAAAGAAGCAAUGCAAGUCAUUCAAUUUACGAAAAAACUUGAGGAUCAACCUCUUGGACCACCACCAAUGCCAGAAAAUGAAACAACAAUUACCUUAAAAGAUAUUGUACAGCCAGGAAAUCCAACAGAAUUAUUUGAUAAUUGGCAACAAAUAGGAGAAGGAGUAAGUGGAGUAGUAUUUCAAUGUGUAGAUAAAAAGACCAAAGAAGAACGAGCAGUGAAGAAAAUUAAAAUAGAAGAUGAUUCAAUUAAUUUACAAGAAAUAAAAAUAAUGCAAACAUUAAAACAUCCAAAUAUUGUUGGGUUCUUUGGAUGUUUUGAAUUAGACAAUUAUUUAUAUAUUUCUAUGGAAUUUAUGGAUCGUAAUAAUUUAACUGCAAUAUUAGAAUUCUUUCCAUCUGUUGCUAUGAAUGAACCACAAAUUGCUUAUGUUGCACGAGAAACUAAUGAAGCAUUAAGAUAUGUUCAUAGUUUUCAUAGAAUUCAUCGUGACAUAAAAUCAGAUAAUAUUCUAAUUAAUCAUAAUGGAGAAGUUAAAUUAGCAGACUUCGGUGUGUCAGUUCAAUUAACUAAAAAUAAAUCAAAAAGAAAUACAAUCGUUGGAACACCUUAUUGGAUGGCUCCUGAAGUUAUUAAAGGAAAAGACUAUAACUGUUUAAUUGAUGUUUGGUCUUUAGGAAUUAUGUGUAGAGAAAUGAUGGAAGGAUAUCCUCCUUAUAUGGAUGAUCCUCCUUUAAGAGCUUUAUUUCAAAUUAGUACUAAAGGUGUUCCUCCUAUUACAACUGGUAGUUGGUCAAAAGAAUUAUUAGAUUAUGUUAAUGGUUGUUUAUCAGUUAAUCCUGACCAACGUCCUUCAACGGAAUCAUCAGUUAAAAAUCCGUUCUUCCAAAAAGCAUGCACAAAAAUAGAAUUUGCAGAUUUUGUUUCACGAGUUGAACAAAUUGCUCUUGAACAACAAAACUAA